GUGAUAUUUUGGGGAACUGUUCAGGGCAGAAAGCGACCCAGUUGUGAUCGUAGAGGACGUCCCCAUGAUGGGAUACCGCCUGAUCAACGCAAGCAGUCGGACCUAGAAUAUUAAACUGCAAUGAUCCAGUCCCAUGAGAUUUGUUGGUCAAUGUGUGUCCAGAAUCUAAACAGUGUCAAAUACAGAAAAAAAUAAAAGCAGAAAAAAAUAAUCCCACAAAUAAAUAAAAAGGAAGAGCUUUUGUGGAAACAUUUGAAUAGCCACGACACUAAAAAGGGCACAAAGAGAUUAAAUUAUUUAAAUAUCAAAUAAAAAUAGUCUUAAAUAUCAUAUAAAGACUGACAAUCUUUUUUAAAUUAGAUCUAUCAGAACUUUCAUGAAAGUAAAAGAAAAAAGUUGAGAACGUAUUUUUAUUACGACUUAAUCAGCAUCUUUAGCAUCCAUCUGUUAAACUGGAUUUGAGAUGCAAGAAUUCAUUUUUCCAACAAAUUUAGUUUAAUCCUUAAUUUCUAAAUUCUGUUUUUUUUUCACUUCAACACAUAAUUUGUGGAUCUCAAAACAACAACAAUAAGCAAAAUCUGCAUAUGAGCAAGUAGAAUGAAGAAAAACCUUUUAGUUCCCUUAUACUAAACAUGGUGUAAUGUAAUAAAACAAUAUUAGAUAUAUUAAAUUUAGCAUGAUUUACAUUUUUAACACAAACAUUUGCAGUAGGGAUGCAAUAAUGCACUUUCCUUACAAUUGUUUAACAAAUGUUUCGAAUUGUGGCUUCCCUCAUUGUGAUCCGUAUUUAUUUUCUUCUUCAGAGAAGGGCAAGAGUGUCCCUCCACUGAAGAAGGUUGAAGUGAUCUGCACAGUUCCCUGCCAUUCCCUUCUCAGUCCCAGUUACUACCACAGCUUCGGCAUGACCGAAAACUACAUCGUCUUCCUCGAGCAGCCUUUCAAGCUCGACAUCCUCCGGAUGGCCACCGCCUACAUGAGAGGGGUGAACUGGGCCAGCUGCAUGAAGUUUUUCCCUGAGGAAAACACUCUCAUCCACCUGAUAGAAAAAAAGACGGGCAAAAAAGUGGAGAUGAAGUACCACACUGGAGCAAUGGUGGUCUAUCACCACGUGAACGCUUACGAGGACGACGGCCACGUGGUCGUUGAUGUCAUUGCCUACGACGACACCAGCCUCUAUGAGAUGUUCUACCUGAGCCGGCUGAAGAAAGAUAUUAGUUUCCAAAGCAACGGCUACACCAAACCAAACUACAGAAGAUUUGUACUUCCUGUCAGAUCUGACAAGGGCAUUGCAGUGGGUGAGAACAUGGUGACACUCAAAUACACAACAGCCACUGCUGUG